AGAUAUAUAGGUUAGGUUAGGUUAGGUUAAAUUUUGUGUCGCCGUACGGACGUACGGAUGGAGGAUAUUCGCGCUUGAUUGACUCUCCCAUGGAGUAAGAUGACCAGGGAUCGCGAAGACCCUAAUGGUGGAACGAGUUAGAUGCAUAAACGCGCGUUCCAAAGUUUCACGAUCGUUGUAUUGGUUCCCCUCGUAUGCGACCUGUCCUGAUAACGGACACGCUGUCAGAAUAACAUGUCGUGCGAAACACCUGGUAUGGAUUAUGCAACGAUCGUCGACAACGCGGUCAGACAGUUUUACUCCGGGGGCAGCAACGAUGCGCAUCUCUGGCUCCUGCGGGUACAAGCCUCCCCGGAGGCCUGGCACUUUGUGUGGCAACUCCUGGAACCUUCCAAGUCGUACGAAGUGCAAUUCUAUGCGGCGAUAACUUUACAUGCAAAGAUCUCCAAGCAGUGGAACGAAGUGCCUGAAGCCGAGUAUCCGGUAUUGAAGGAACGUUUGCUCAAUAGCGUGAGAAGACCCAACAUCCCCCUGUGUAUCCUUAAGAAGCUUUGUCAAGCGUUGGCCGCGUUUGUAGCCAAUGUUUACAGUGCAGAGAACAGAGAACAGGAUAGGAGUAUAGUUGACGAACUGCUUGACAUUUUACCUUAUGACUCCCCCUCUGCAUUAGAAUUACUGCUUCGAGUACUCUCAACGCUUCCUGCUGAGUACGAGAAGAGACAUGAAGCAAAGAGUGCCAAAUUACGGGAGGCUCUUGUUAAAUUGAUCAACAGCUGGUGCCAAACAGCAUGGUUCUUGCAACAGGUCUUUUCAAUGUGCAAUCCACGUUCCGAGGGCAACGACAGUACAUUGUAUACUUUAGGGCUGGAAUGCGCUCAAUCGUGGCUCAAAAUUGGCCAGCUACCUUUAGAAACUACCGGUCAGAUUUAUCCCUACUUACUGAUAGCUGCGGCUCAUUACGCGCCUAACAAAAAUGAGAAUCAUGGCGAUGACGAGAACAUUAAGACCUGGGAAAUAGUACAAGACUGUUUAAUCAUGAUCGUAACGCACUACGAGCUUCACAAAUGGCCGCAGACAUUUUGGGAAUGGGCAAAGAGCUUGGUAAUGAUGGCGAAACAGUUUAAUGGUAAAUACUUUUGCGAGAUAUUGACUGCCAUCGGGGAGGCUCACAGCCGGGCGUUCCUGAUCGCCCUGGCCGAGAACUCCGAUGAGGGGCACACGUGGACGGCCAUGGGGUUGAUUGAAUUGCUGUUAGAGUGUUCGGAAUUGGAAGGACGUUAUCCGACCGACGAGACGCGCAGCUGCAUCCCGUUUGGAUUCUGGUAUGCGUUACAGGACGACUGCGCCACGCUGGAUCAACCGUUAGAGACCCGGGCCUUGGAGGCAUUGAAACCGAUCUAUUAUCGAUUGGCUCAGGCGUUACUGCGAAAAUCAACGCUGCCCACGUCCCCGAGCGAAAGGGGGGACGCGGAUGAGCGUGAGCUCUUUAGAUGUUAUAGGCAGGAUGUGGCGGACACAUUGGACUAUUGUUACAACGUUCUCGGCAGCGAUCUGCUGGCCCUUCUCGGACAAAGAUUGAGCAUGGAAGACUCGCCGUGGACUCAUAUAGAAUCGACAUUACACGCUUUCAAAGCUCUAGCCGAGAGCGUCGGCACUCAGGAGUACUGUUACAUCCCUGCGCUAAUAAAUCUGAUCAUUGAUCACAUACCUUAUCAUCAUUAUCCUGAGGAGGUAUUAACGUCCGCCUGUUCAACGCUGGGCGCAUACGCCGAAUGGCUGGGUGAGCAUCCCGAACCCUGGCUAGAGAAGGUGUUGCAGCUUGUCACUCAGGGACUGACCAGAAAUUCCACGACGACGCCAUUUGCAAGUAUGGCACUGAAGGAUCUGACGAGGGAAUGCGGAACGUAUCUCGCCCCUUACGCACCAUCUAUUCUUCAAACCAUCAGUCAGACAUUGCCAAAUGUUGAGCCUGGCGGCGGGGAAGGUUUACGGCUCAUGUACGCGGCCGGGAAGCUGCUUAACGUGCUGCCUUCCAUGGAGGAGCAAUUGGUGCAUCUAGAAGCGACAAUGGGACUAUGCGUGACGAGGAUAAAGGAGCUCUUGGAACAACCAUUGUUCACGGCGCGACUCGGUAUGACGAAUUAUUUGAAAAUGGUCACAAUGUUCUUCAGCACGAUUGAGGGCGCGGUCGGCAAGGCUGUGCUGGACGGUGUGCUGCCAGUGUUUAAUCAAAUUAUCACGCAUCCCGAGUGGAGCCAGGACAACGCUACGCUGGAGGCGAUGCACAUGUGCGCACAGAAAUCCCUGUCGGCAUUGCGGCAACCAGAGAUCGAAGCGCGGCCGUUGCUGCCGAUCCUGUCGACUUCCUACAAAACCUGGCCGCAUCCGGCCGCAUUGAAUUUGCUGAAGCAGCUCGUGCUGCUGUUUGGCAGGGACCCAGACAACAUUGUGAGUCCGGUGCUCGCGGAAAUGAGCUUGCUAACGUUGAAUGGCGUAAAGGCAUGUAGGUCGGUGCAGGGCGACUUGUCCGAAUGGUCAGACCUGAUGGAAGCCUACAUGAGCGUGCUCGCACAAAUCUGUAAAAAGAAUGCUCGGUUGUUGCUGCAAAUCCCAGAUCAAAUACCAGACAUGCUGCAAUGCGGGAUCGCUUGUUUAACGCUUCCGGAGACAGCUACGGCCAAAGCGGCCGGACAUUUUCUUAGUCACGCGAUUGUGCAAAGCCCACACCUGCAGACGUUUAUUCAACCGAUCGGACAAGAACUUGUCGCUGCAAUUUUGCAUUGUGUCGGUGGAGCAGUGCCUCACAAUAAUUUGGACCCUCACGCCGAAGUUAUGUUAGCGUUGAACAAAACGUGUCCGGAAUGGACCGCGCAAUGGUUACGAGCAGGACUUGAGAAUCAAAAGAACCUUGCCCUGAUAUUGCAGAAAGAGGACAUUACGCGCAUUUUGCGUGAAAGGACGAACAGGGGGCGACUUUGCGACGUAUUAAAGGAAUUUAGUAUUCAGUGCCGUCAAAAGACGAGUAUUUGACAAUAGAACUCCCGUGAUGUCGAUUGACAAAUUUUACUGUAUGAAAUGACCGAUUUAAGAUAUAUAUGUAACACACAAAAGUUGAUAUAAUUUAUCUCUUCAUAAUAAACGCUGCAUAAUGUA